GGUGACCUGAAUCCAUUAGUGGUCGACUUUUUAUGGAGAAAACAGACCACAGGUUGGAGAGCCAUCGCUGAGCAAGCUCUUGUUAAGGCGGAGAGCAUUGUUGAACGAGUAAAUGAGGCAUUAUAUCAAAGUGUUUGCCCAGAUGAUGAUCUUAGAGUAAAGUUGCGGGACUGGGUGCAUGCCGAUUUUCAGAAAGCAUCAGUCGACGCCGCGAAGGAGCUCGAACGUUUGAUCGCAGAUGAAAUUGAAGGCCAUCUUUUUACCUUGCAUCCCCAUUUCACAGCAUUGCGGACGUAUAGGCAGCAGAACAGAAUUAACGAAGUUACAAGCAUUUUGGCGAAGAAAAAGGCGUGGAUGAAACAAGAACAAGGCGGUGCCCUGAUUCCUAAUCUAUCCAUAUCAUCGGAUAAAAUUGUUGGAACCGAACUAUAUCACGACAAGGAAUUGGCGGUAGUUUUGAAUACUCAUGAUAGUCUCGAGGCCUACUAUGAAUUAGCUAGGUAUCGAUUCACCGACAACGUCGCAACUCAAGUUAUCGAAAGGCACCUGCUUGGCCCGGAUGGACCAUCGCGCCUUUUCUCCCUUCAGUAUGUAUCAGAAAAAUUAUAUGGAGAACAAAAUGAGGAUGCGUUAGAAAAUUUGGUUGGCGAGCAUCCAAACAAAGCCCAAAAGCGACUUGGCCUCGAUUCUGAGAGGCGCAGUCUCGAAGAAAGUAUGAAGAGGCUUCAAGCUUUCAAAAUACUUUGAUGAAUCUAUUGGUAGGAAUAUUCCGUGCGAAAUCGUGAUCAGGUUUAUAAUUUUAAAAUCGCAUUCUUAUGUAUCACUUAUCUCUCUAUUUCCUCUCUCAUAAUCCCUUAUGCGCCGGAGUCUGGCCAUUCA